CUAAAAUUCCCCUUCUUCUUCCACUGUUUCAAGUUGUAACUCUCGUAGAAGAAAAACCUUUCGAAUUUGUGAGAGUAAAUUGAUGAGGAUGAAAUGGGGGUUGGCGGAAAUUUCUGGGAUUUGCUGAAACCCUACGCUCGAGCAGAAGGAUUUGAUUUCUUGAGAAACAAACGCGUAGCUGUGGACUUGUCAUAUUGGAUCGUUCAGCAAGAAACUGCACUCAAAGGCCAAAUUCGAAAUCCUCAUAUCAGACUCAUUUUUUUCCGUACCGUCAACCUCUUCUCUAAGUUUGGGGCAUAUGCUGUGUUUGUCACGGAUGGUACUGCAUCACCACUAAAGUCUCAGGCAAGGAUUGCACGAUUUUUUCGGGCAUCAGGAAUUGAUUUAUCAAGUUUGCCAGUGGCUGAGGAAGCCAUUUCAAUUGAAAGGAACAAGGCAUUUCAGAAAUGCGAAAAAGAAUGUGUUGAGUUGCUUGAACUCCUUGGAGUGCCAGUCCUAAAAGCAAAAGGAGAAGCGGAAGCACUCUGUGCACAGUUGAAUAGAGAAGGACUAGUUGAUGCUUGUAUUACUUCUGACAGUGAUGCAUUUCUCUUUGGAGCCAAUUGUGUUAUCAAAAAUAUGCAACCCAACUCCAAUGAACCAUUUGAGUGCUAUCACAUGUCGGAUAUUGAGUCUGGUCUAGGGCUGAGGAGGAAUCAGUUGAUAGCAAUUUCGCUUUUGGUGGGAAAUGACCACAACUUGACUGGUGUACCAGGGAUCGGGAUUGAAACAGCAGUUCGGUUUGUCAAAUCUUUUAGUGAUGAUGAGAUCUUGUAUAGGUUGCGGGAAAUAGGUGGAGGGGAUCUACAGGAUUUUCAGCACGACGUCAACUUAGACAGUAGUUUAAUACCCAGUUCAGAUGAGAGCCCUCGGAAAACCAAAGUGCCACAUUGUUCAAUCUGUGGACAUCCCGGAAGCAAGAAAGCUCACCUUAAGUUCUCUUGUCAGUACUGCAGUGCCACCGCCAAUGAGGGUUGCAUUAAGAAGCCAUUGGGCUUCAAGUGUAAUUGCUCCCCAUGUGAUUUGGAUAAUAAGGAAAAAGAACAGAAAAGAAACGAGAAUUGGAAGCUUAAAGUUUGCAGAAGGAUAGCCUCGGAGCAGAAUUUCCGAAACAAUGAGAUCACAGAAAUGUACUUGAACAAACAACAGCAAUAUAAUGGAGAUUAUCAUUUAUCAUGGGAAAAUCCAAAGAUUGAUAUGAUAGUUGAUUAUCUGGCUUAUUAUCAGCACUGGGAGCCAUCUUAUACACGUCAAAGAAUGUUUCCUAUGUUAUCCACCAUAUUUCUGAGAGACGUGGCCUCAAAUUCCAAAGAUCAAUUGUUAGGCGGACAAUAUGAAUUUGACUCCAUUCAGCGGGUGAAGACAAGAUUUGGACAUCAACUUUACGUAAUCAAUUGGAAGAAACCAACACGUGAAAUGAGCAAUGUAAUCUGCAUACCUUCUGAAGACUCUGAUACGGAGCAGGAGCUGGGGAUAGCUGAUCAGUCCACAGAUUUACUUGAUGAACCUGAUUCUCCGCAGAUUCAUGUCAACGAGGGAUGCAGCUUUUUGUCAACUGAAGAAGAUAUGGUGCUUGUACAGAAUGCUUUUCCAGAAAAGGUGUCCCAGUUCUUGAGAGACAAGGAACUAAAAGAAUCAAGAUCACGUAGAAAAAGACCAAUGAAAUCUGAGAAUUCAGAAUCACCGAGAGGUGUUCAACUCAGCAUCAGCAACUUCUAUCGAUCAUCCAAAGUCCCUUGUCAUGAGAAGCCAGAGGAGAGUGAAACUGGAUGUCCAAAGAUUAGUGCGGAUGCUUCUAGAGAAAGAGAUAAAGAACCCAUCCGAAACUACUCCAAGUCAGUUAGACGCAAGCUUUUGUUCGAUUAGCCAUAUUGCAGGAUUAUUCAAUACCUUUGAAUCCUGUAAAUUGGUUAUCACAGUGAUGGUGCAUAUUAAUCUUUAUUUUUGUUUUUUUAACCCCAUUUGGUAAAAUGCAAGCUCACUUGUAUAAAUGUAGGUUAGUUUUUCUCUUAGGCAGCAAUAA